UUAAAAGCAAGUUAAGAGGCACCUUUGUAAUAAUUCACAAUAAUUUCAAUUUUAUACUUCUCAUAAAAUGAAUAACAGAGAUCUUGCUGCAUUUUGUGUAAUAUGCAACCAGCAAGUUGACUUGGUACCCAUUCGAUUUAGAAGAUACUUGUAUGACCCAGAUUUCAGCCUAAACAACCUUCUGCAGCUUAUGUUUCAAAACUACGAGUUUCUGAUAUGUCAACCGUGUAAUGAGGAUGUAUUAGCGAGUUUCACAAGAUGUUAUCACGAACGCCGUUGCUAUUGCUUCUUAUGCAGGGAAGACUACUAUUUUCCCUAUGGCUCCUGCAUGAUGUAUGAUUGGUCAUAUUCAGACUGUUAUGAGCCAAUUAUAAUACGACAACAUGUACAUGGUCGGUGUAUCAAAGCUUGUAAAAGAUUACAGGAUAUCUAUUCCGCCAUCAACUUAAACAACUGGUGUUUUGUAGAUGAAGUGGAAUACAUUAUUGAAGAAGGCCUAAUAGACGAGUUCUACAUUAUUGAAUACGAAAUGGCUUUCUCGGCGGUUUGUAUCCCGAUAGAGUUCCCACGAAGAAUUCCCAGACCUAUUGACAUGAGCCCAUUGCCGCUCUUUAAAGCAAUUCAAUUUGACUUAAAUGUCGAGAAGAUUGAAUACAUUAUGAGAAGUAUUAAACUAUGAGUUAAAAGCAAAUUGUUACAAAUUCGUUGAGUGUUGAGUGUUUCGACAAAA